AUAACUUCACUCAUGACAUCUCUUUUUCAUUUUCAUGUGACUAUACCAUAAUAUUACCAACAUGGAGAAUAUUCACAAUAGUAAUAAUAAUCAUCAUGCAACUAAUUCUAAUGAAAUUCUUGAGAGUGUUUGGGCUAAGAUUAUCAACAAUGAUGCAAGAACAACAAAUGGAAAUGCAAUAGAAUGUUCUAACACAUGGGAAGAAUUGCCUAAUCUUCAAAGACUUCCAAGUUUAGGAAGAUGGAUAUCAAUGGGAGCUGAUUUUUGGGAAGAAAUUUUAGCAACAAGUAUUAAUAAAGAAGAUUCUUGCAAUUACAAAAACAUUGAAAUUGGAAGUGUUGGUAUUAAAUCAAAGAAAAAAGUAGAAGAAUGUGUGAGAAAAGAGAAAGCAAAACAUUAUAGAGGUGUAAGGAGAAGGCCAUGGGGAAAAUAUGCAGCUGAGAUAAGAGAUUCAUCAAAGAAAAGUGCAAGAGUUUGGCUUGGUACAUUUAAUACAGCUGAAGAAGCUGCUUUAGCUUAUGAUAAAGCUGCUUUGAGAAUUAGAGGUUCAAAAGCAUGUCUUAAUUUUCCAAUUGAAAAAGUUACAAAUGCUUUAAGAACAUGUGGUGAGAAAGGAUUAAUUGAUGAUGUUAGUACUAUUUAUGAUUUUGGAAACAGAGAAAGUUUGUUGGAUUCUAGGAAGAGAGGGUUAAGAGACAGAGGAGAGUUUGUUGAUGUGAUGAAUGAAGAACCUGCAAUGAAAAAGAUUGCAGGGUUGGAACAUAUGUUAGAAAAUGAUGAUGAUGUUUUUGUAUUUCAGGACCUUGGAAGUGAUUAUUUGGACAGUUUGUUGUCUUCUUUUUGACAGAAUAUUACAAAUUACAUUGUUAGUUGUUUCUCUCGGGUGCUAGAAAAAUUACAACUAUUUAUUUAUUUAUUGCAUAUUACAUUUGUAUU